UGCGGAAACCGGGGAGGUGGGCAGACAUCAGCAAAGAUGUGGAGUAAGGGAGCGUGGAUCGUGGGUUUGCUGUGUUUGGCUUUGGCAUUUGUUGUGGGUGCUUCUUCGCAAGAACCCCAACUGGGUUCCGCUCGCGUUGUUUUUCAGACCAACUAUGGAGACAUUGAAUUUGGGUUUUUUCCUGGUGUUGCGCCCAAAACUGUUGACCACAUUUUCAAACUCGUUCGUUUGGGAUGCUUUAAUACCAACCACUUUUUCCGGGUUGAUAGGGGAUUUGUUGCCCAAGUGGCAGAUGUUGUUGGUGGAAGAUCAGCUCCGAUGAAUGAAGAGCAGCGGGAAGAAGCUGUGAAAACGGUUGUUGGUGAAUUCAGUGAUGUCAAACAUGUGAGAGGUAUUCUAUCUAUGGGGAGGUAUGCUGAUCCAGACAGUGCCUCAUCUUCGUUUUCAAUGCUUCUUGGAGAUGCUCCUCAUCUUGAUGGCCAGUAUGCAAUAUUUGGCAGGGUUACUAAAGGUGAUGAGACAUUGAAAAAGCUUGAGCAACUCCCUACUCGACGUGAGGGGAUCUUUGUAAUGCCGACUGAGCGCAUCACAAUUCUGUCUUCGUACUUCUAUGAUACCAAGACGGAAACUUGUGAACAGGAGAAGUCAACAUUGAAACGAAGGCUUGCCGCAUCUGUGGUUGAAAUUGAAAGACAGAGAAUGAAAUGCUUCCCGUGAUUCAGCAAGCAGGAGCUAGUCCAGAAGGAAACAUAUUACAAUUACAGAAUUAAGUACAUGGUGGAUGGGGUUGUUUUGUGUCCAUCCAUUCUAUACUUGGACCAAACCCGUUAUGUUUGAAGCUGCUUGUGACAGGAAUCCUUGAUACUCCAAAUGUAUAGUAACUUGCUGAAAAUGAUAUUUCCAUAGUGUGAGGGCAAGUACACAGAUUAUCAAUUGAAACUAAUGCACUGGUUCCCUCAAGUCGCACAAUCCCAUACUGAAUUUGUAUGAAUUUGCCAUAUCACAAGAUUGUAAAGAAGUUUAAAGUAGAGCCUCAAUGCAAAAUCUGGCAUGUGGUAAUGGGGGUGAGGGCCCAUUCAAUCCCAAGAUCUUAAUUUACCAAUACCUGGUUUUUGUUUGGAUGCCUGAAUGUGGUGCCAAAUUGAUGGCUGGAAAUUGGCACACUUUCUCUGAUAUUCUAAUGAUCUGGUCUGACUUUCUCAGGUUU